CUUCCUAGCUCGCAUGAUGGCAAGGGGGUUUAUCCAUCACAGGAAGCCAUGGAGGCAUAAGAUGGAGCACGGCAUCAGCUCCGCCUCCCCCUGACGGUCCUGGCGACAUGCGAUUCAUCGGAGGAGGUCGACAUCGGCAGGAGGCGCACCGGAGAUGCAAAAAGGCUGACUGGGAUAAUUGAACCACUCCAUGCAUCCUCGUGUGCUCCACUCGGAUGAGUCGGGGCGACACUCGGGGGAGCCUGGGUGAUGGCCUACAACCUCCGCAACACUGAAGCAAGACAGGCCAGGGACUACUAUGCGGGGAAUGUGAGGCGGCUAUUCCAAGAAGGCAAUGGCCAAGAAGCCGACGAACCGAGCCAGCAGACUCAGAGCGGCGCACUAUGCACUGUCUGUGCAGAAGAGCUGCACGGCGACGCGUUGCACCGCCUCCCCUGCCACCCAGACACAUGCAUCCGCUGCCUGCUGCGGACAUACACCCACCAAAACGGACACCGCUGCCCGCAAUGCCGCGCGCACUUCGCCUUCGAGGUGCUUGAGGAAGCCGUAGGAGAUGAAGGGACCCUCCCGCUCUGCGCCCACAUCAUCGAGCACGUGCAUCGCAACGCACCGAGGGCCGACGCGUCCGACCAGUACAACGCUGGCGACGCAGUAGAGGGCAGAUGGCGCCUAGAAGAGGACGUGCUCAUGCUGCCAGGCACCAACACACUGCUGCUCGAGCUGCCCCAACUCAAUCGCAACCUGGAGCUCGGCAUCGAGGAGCCCCCACUGCCAGGCAGCAUGGCUGAGAUGGAGGAUGCAAUAGCGAACGACCCAGAGCUCUACGGCCCAGCACGACAGGAAGAGCAAGACGACGAAUGGCGACCUCCGACAGAGCCUUCCUAGCAGCCCAGCGAAAACACGG